AUGUCACAAGUACCGGAAGACCGGCAGGGCAGGGCCAAGAGCCCCUCCUUGGCCCGGUUGGAGUCUAUUGCUAAGAAGCACCCUGAGAACCCUCUGAAGUCCUUGCAAAGAAGUGGCAAAGGCGUGGUACCAAAGUCUGCUGGAAAUGACCGUAGUCUGACGAGCUUAUUCACUCACGCCCAACGGAGAGUAGCGGCAGCCAUUGCACAUAGAGGCCGGGCUACCCAGCAGAAGUCCAGCAGUGGGAGGAGCAUGUCCUCCCGUCCCCUCACUGCUAGCAUGCCUAAUGUCAAUACAGCAUCCCCUAGUCUUCCCCGGGCAGUUGGCCUAGCUAUGACUGGCCCGGCCUCCUCCCGAGCGGUGGUGGAAGAGUCGCGAGCAGCUGAACUAUGCCAGCUGCCGCCUCUCCCCACUGCCCUGCCCAAAGUCCUACCGUCAAGCGUGAGUCGUGGUGAGGGUAGAGUGCCUGCCCUAGACCUGGCCAAGGCUGGGCCUAUCUCCACGCUGCCUCUGGCUAACAGUGCGUGUCACUCGAAUAGGGUUCUCCCUACUGGAGGGACGCUGACCAGGUCCUCGAGACGACUGCACCUUCGGAAGUCUUGCCGAACAUCUGCUGGCCAGCCGACGUGCUCCUCUACUGCGACGCGAGAUCGGUCCACUAGAGCGAACACCCCCUCUUCCCAGCGGGCCUCGUUGAGCAUUCACGGAAUCAUCGGUGAAGAAGGCCUGCCCUCGGCACUAUUGCCCAGCACUACAAGCAGGGACCCGAGGAGAGAGUUGAAGGAGGAGGCACAACUCGUCGGGGAGCUGGCCUUCCUCGGGGACCUCAGCUGCCUCGCUAAGCUCCAUCACCAGAGGGAAUUGUUCACUCAAGUCGACAGAGAACUGUACCGGAUGGAUGAGCCCUCCUUUACCCCACAAGGGGAGUCCUUGGCCUCCCCAAGGCAGCGUCGCCUUGGCCCCUGUGAGGUCCGCCGGCCCAGCGAGUGGGGGGAGGUACGACGGCUACUACUGACAAUGCUGGGGAAAGUCUCUGUGGACAAGCUGCCGAUCCCGCUACUGUGGGACAUGCUGGUCCCUGGUCUUGAGGCCCUCCCCAUCCCUCUCCUCAUGGCAACAGACUGCGACACCAGCAGCGUUGUAGUCGAGAUGGAAAUGGAGGAGUGCCCGUGUAUGCAGCGGGCCGAGCCAUGCCUUUGUCUGAGCCCAGGGGAGUGGCGGGAAGCCUGGAGGGGACUCAGACGCCAUCGAUCGCGGGCCCGAGAGCAGCUGUCACAAUCGAGUAUUGGUAACCCUUUCGCCGACCCCCUGUUGAGGUCGGUGUGCUCUGGCAUCAGUGAGAGGCUACAUAGAAUGGAGAAGCAGGCCGGUGGGGAGGGGGAGGCUGGCCUGAUGGUCAUGCCAGAGGGAGUGGAGGAGCAGUUGGUCCUCCUGGGUGAGUACGUCCGAAGAGCUGUGUUCCCUGGUGUAUGUGCCGCCCAGGCCCUGGCAGCUGUCCUGCCUACACUGGUAGAGGUCAAGGAGCUCCUCAAGGCCUUCCACGUUGAGGUGAGGAGGCAGAAUGAGGUCCAAGCAGUGGCGGAGCUUCGGGCGGGGUCGAUGGACAGCCUGAGCCCUAUGCAGUCGAUGAGGACCCCUCGCCCUGCCGACCUCUACCGCUGGAGGCGCCUUGUGAUAGCCCUCUCGUGGAUCGCCUCUGCCCUACUAGAGUGCUCUGAUGAUGCUAUCAUGGCUGAGGGCAUCCUAACGACCCUACUAGACCUCCCAGUCGUUGCCUCCCAGCCGGUCACUGGGACCACCCCGACAGAGUCGGCCACUCCCUUCUAUGCCCUCCUGAUCCCGGUCAUAGCGGCUGCCUUCUUCCCCGAAACAGUGGAGGAUUCCGGUAUGUGGGUCCAUCCCGAGAUAGAGGACAGGAGGUUAGCCCUGGACCGGCUAAGGCUGCUCAAGGUCGUCUCGGCACUAAUUAACAUCAUCCGGAGGGCCCUAGGGUCUACCCAGGAUACCCCACCAGCGACGGUGUACGUACCGAUGGCUGGGCGUCUAUCCUCAGCCUGGGCAGCCAUCACCGAGCAUGUUGCCCCAGUGGUCAUGGGCUCCUGGACUGCCUCCCUCUUCGCCCAUGGGACCGGCAUCAUUCCUAGGUUCUUGGUCUCCCGUAGCUCCUCAUGUCAGCUGGAGGGCUCGGCCGUGGAGGUGCUGUUAGAGUUAAGGCUGGCAGAAGCCGAGGCCGCCCUCUUCUCGAUACCUGCGGACCUCAAUGGCUUCCUCUUGGACCCUCAUGUUGGGUGCCACCAACAGGGCGAGGGGAGCUCGGCAGCAGUGGGAGCUGUUGAGGACUCCCUGGCUGUGGCCCAUCUGGGGGUCCUGGCGUCCGUCGCUCGAGGUCGUAGUGCAGCUGCGAGGAAGAAGUUCUACUCGCUGAGGGUGGUGGAAUUCCUCUGUGGGGAGAUAGAUUUGGAGCACGCAGUUUGCCAUAUGGAAGGACGGUAUCUGCAGUUCGGCACUCAGGAGGGUCGACCUACUAGCGGCGAGGAGGACAUGGUCUCGACUGGCGGCUCAUGGGUAGAUGGAGACCAUCAUGGUGAGGAAGGGGGAGGAGAGUCCUCGGAGUAUUAUUCUUCCGAUGAGGGCCGAACUCCAGCAGUGCCACAGGCAUCUCGCAAGGUCGUAGUCCCUGGCCUGUCCUUGACUGGUCUAGGCCCCUCCACACAAGGGUGUGCGGCCCUUCUAGGCUCCAUGCCCGCAGAGGAAGCUACCAGAGACCCUGUCAGCAAAGCACAUAUCGAUGGUGAUGGGCCUUUGCCUCCUCCAGUGGCUCUACCGCCAGUCACUGUUAGUAACAAGGAGCUCAGGAAGAGUUUGUCGGCUGAACCCCUGCCUCCCCCAGUGUCCUACCCCGAGUGCCAGGAUGUGGCCCAUGAGAGGAGCCUCAUGGAUGAUACCUCCUCCUCUUCCUCGACGCCCCCCAGCAGUCGGGCUCCUCAGUUCGCCCCCACGGCUCCGUCGCCGCCCAUAGUGCCAAGACUAGCCUUCCAGGGUCUGCCGCCUUCUGUCCAAGGGCCCGGUGGCCUCGGCAUCGACCCGACCCCACCUGAAUACGCUCUAGGAGGCCCUGAUACCCCUGUGGAGCCGCCUGGGGAGGUGAUCAUCUGGCGGGUCCGCAUCGAUAGUACUGAGGGUCAGAUACCGGUCUCCAGCAUGGUUGAUGGCCCCUAUGAGGAUGGACCAUCCAGUAGGCUGUCACCAGAGCUGUUCUACGACUGUGGUCGGAGGUGUAGGAGGCUCUACCGCUCGGAGGAACUACAAGAGGGCAUACUAAGGCUACUGCUGCUGCUACUGUUGUCGGCGACAAGGGGCACUCUGGACUGCCGCUACUGUGACCAGUUCCCAGCGCUGAAUCGCAAAGUCAAUGUCCUGUUCAUCCUGGGGGUCCACCUUAGUCAUCCAGCCAACUUUGGGGCCUUGCGCCGACUGCAACACCACGAGGAUAUGAAAGUCGUCGGUGGUGGGGCCUUCGGGACGGUCUUCCGCUGCGAGACGGUCCUCCAGCGUGAGGCCGCCGCUGCUGCCGCCGAUUAUGAUGAUGAUGACGACACUGAAGUGGUCGCAGUGAAAUUGGUUAACCGCAACCCGAACAUUAGAGAUAGGUGUGUGCUCUACGAUGUCUACAAUGAGGUGACGUGCCUGGAGGAGGGGCGUUUCGAUGACUACAUGACGGAGAUCUACGACUACGGUUUCGAUGGUUCCUCUUACUGGAUCGUCAUGCGAUUCUACACCAUGACGUUGACGAAGUGGCGGGCGCGCUUGGGCCAGCCCUUGGAGGACCAUCUUUUGGACCUCUUGGAAACCUAUCGUAAAAUCCUCACUGCAGUCGGCAAGCUCCAUAGGGACGGCUUGGUCCACUACGACCUCAAAUGUGACAACAUUAUGGUCCUCGACCACGGUUCUGCUCGUGCCAGCGACAUUUCUGUAGUGCUGGCUGACUUCGGGGAGAGUCGGGUACUCGAGGGACCACAAAACGCCGAUCUAUGUGUCCGCAACCGUGGGACGGAGUUUGUAAAGCCGCCCGAGAUGCUCACCAUCGAGCGGGCCCUUCGUCGAGAUGACGCGGCCUUCGAUCGGCGUAAAAGUGUUGGUACCACUACGGCCAGCGACGUUUGGAGUGUUGGCUGCAUGCUGUACGAACUCAUCACCGGACAGUACCUCUUCUACAAUGACGAUUGGAUCCGUUUCUAUAUGCGUCUCACUGGUGGUCCGGAGCGGGCUGCUCGCUAUGGCUCGCCAGCCGUAGCGGCCCCGAUUGAUAUUCUCACUGACGAUAAUAUACAAAUGCUCGACAACAACGCCUGCCUCUGCGACUUCCUAAGGUUUAUGCUGGUUCGAGAUCCCCAGUGCCGGCCGACCAUCCCGGCUGUCCUCCAUCGCUUCCAUAGGGUCAAUGCAGCUGUCCAGCUGGAAUGUGGCGUACGUCCUCACACGUGGCGGAGGUGUCCUGGAGAUGAGCGUGCUCAGCAGCGCCCGUCGGUCCCCUGCUACUUCUCGCCAGUCUUCGCCUCCUGGGACGACCAGGUCCAUCAGACUACCGUACCUUGA